CGCUGUGAAUGUUGCGCUGUGUGAAUGAUGGCGUGCCUGCUUGAGGCCCCUUUACGCAUCAGCGUGUUAUCUCCUGAAAUUGACGUCUUGCACGAGUGAGCUGCAGUGUGUGAAGUGGUGGCUGCUUUCCGCUCUCCUUCCAGAGACUUCCACCAACAUCCGGUGACUAUAUGGAUGAACAGGCUGAUUGAGUGUUAUGACCCUGAAGUCACAGCCACGAGUCGCCACUAUGUUGACCGGCUUUUUGACCCUGAUCCACAGAACGUGCUGCAGGGAGUAAUUGACAUGAAGAAUGCCGUUAUUGGAAACAACAAACAGAAAGCCAACCUGAUUGUGCUGGGAGCCGUGCCAAGACUUCUGUACCUUCUCCAGCAGAGCUCAUCCAGUCUUGAGUUGAGGACCGAAUGUGCGGUCGUGUUGGGCAGUCUGGCCAUGGGUACCGAAAACAACAUCAAGUCCCUGGUGGACUGUCACAUCAUCCCAGCCCUGCUGCAAGGCCUCUUGUGUUCUGAUCUGAUCUUCACUGAGGCAUGUCUGCGCUGUUUAAGAACUGUUUUCAUCAGUCCAGUCACCCCAGUGCAGCUGCUCUACACCGACCCCACUGUGAUUCCCCAUCUCAUGUCCCUGCUGAGUCGAUCACAGCACACACAAGAAUAUAUCACACAAAUCUUCGCCCACUGCUGCAAGACUCCAGAACAUCAGACGGUUUUAUUUAACCAUGGUGCCAUCCAGAACAUCGCUCCUCUGCUCAUCUCUCCCUCCUAUAAGGUACGGAUGCAGGCUUUGAAAUGUUUCUCAGGCUUGGCCUAUGAGAACGCUCAGGUCUCCAUGACACUGGUGAAUGUGAUUGUAGAUGGAGAGCAGCUCUCUCAGGUUUUUGUUAGAAUGAUGCAUAGGGACAAACCCAUCGAAAUGCAACUCACAGCCGCCAAAUGUUUAACGUACAUGUCUCGAGCAGGAGCCAUCAGAACAGAUGACAGCUGUAUUGUACUAAAGACUCUGCCGUGUCUGGUAAGGAUGUGCAGUAAAGAACGGUUACUGGAGGAGCGGGUGGAGGGGGCCGAGACACUGGCCUACCUGAUGGAGCCCGACAUAGAACUACAGCGUAUUGCCAGCGUCACCGAUCACCUCGUGUCCAUGCUGGCCGACUACUUUAAAUACCCGAGCUCUGUCAGCGCCAUCACAGAUAUUAAGAGGUUGGACCAUGACUUGAAACAUGCACAUGAGCUCAGACAGGCAGCAUUCAAACUCUACGCCUCGCUAGGUUCCAAUGACGAGGACAUUAGGAAGAAGAUCACAGAGACGGAGAACAUGAUGGACAGGAUCGUUAGCGGCUUAUCAGAAUCCAGUAUAAAAGUACGGUUAGCAGCAGUCAGAUGUCUACAUAGUUUAUCACGAUCCGUACAACAGCUAAGAACGAGUUUCCAUGAUCACGCCGUAUGGAAGCCACUAAUGAAGUUAUUACAGAACGCACCAGAUGAGGUGCUGGUUAUGGCCUCUUCAACACUAUGCAACCUAUUGCUGGAGUUUUCCCCCAGCAAGGAGCCUAUAUUAGAAUCCGGGGUCAUCGAGUUACUAUGCAGCCUCACACAAAGUGACAGUCCAGCUCUGAGAGUCAACGGCAUCUGGGCUCUCAUGAAUAUGGCUUUCCAGGCAGAUCAGAAGGUGAAGGUGGAGAUAGUUCGAGCUCUGGGCACAGAACAGCUCUUCAGACUGCUGUCUGACCCUGAUACCAAUGUGCUCAUGAAAACACUGGGGCUGCUACGAAACCUGCUCUCCACCAGACCACAUAUAGACCAGAUCAUGAGCUCACAUGGGAAACAGAUAAUGCAAGCAGUCACCCUUAUCUUGGAGGGAGAGCACAGCAUAGAGGUCAAAGAGCAGACUUUGUGCAUAUUGGCCAACAUUGCUGAUGGAAACACUGCCAAGGAACUCAUUAUGACCAAUGAUGAUAUGCUCCAAAAAAUCAAAUAUUACAUGGGUCACUCCAAUGUGAAGCUGCAGCUGGCCGCCACUUUCUGCAUCUCCAACCUCAUCUGGAACGAGGAGGACGGCUCUCAAGAGAGACAAGACAAAUUAAGGGAGAUGGGCUUUGUGGAUAUCUUACACAAACUCACCCAAGCAUCUGAUCCUAACCUUUGUGACAGGGCAAAAACUGCGAUGCAGCAGUAUUUGGCAUGACCUCGAAGGAAGCUGCAACUAGGCCCAAACUAACAAUUUCUAGAAGGAUCAAGUUUCCUGUGGGUUUUUUUAGAUCUGGGUUUCAUUUUUGCUCUUCCUUUAUGUUUUGUUGCACAAGACACCUUUUGUUGUGGAGACACCCCAGACAACUCCGCAAAUCAGAGAUGCGGUCAACAGAGGCCACAGCUCCACUGGGGAUUUCAGCUACGUUGGCUUAAUAUGUUUUCUGCGGAACUCUUGGAACAAUUUUUUGUUUGGUUGUUAGUUUGUUUGUUUGUUUUUUUGGACGUAAUGUGAAGGAAAAUAACCUCAAAGUGUGUUGCAGCACCAUUUGGUGGUUUGGAGGUUUAGACGCUUUGGACUCCCUUUGGAGAAUGCUGACCAACCUCACAGUGCUAAGCUUACAGGAGCUUAGUUUCCUUAUUUUGGUUUGCUGAUUUCUGUUGAUAUUAUUAUAAUAAUAAUUAUUAUUAUUAUUUUAAUUAGGACUUUCACACAAGGAAAGGUUAGAAAAAAAGACUGCUUGUUUUUGUUCUUUUUUGUGGAUACAUACCUCGUAAAUAUAUAAAUAUAAAUAUAUAAA